AUGAAGACGAUGUAUGAAAAAAUAUGGGAAGCGCAUCUCGUUCGUGCCGCCGCAGACGCGGUGCCGAUCCUCUAUAUCGACACACACCUCGUUCACGAAGUCACAUCCCCACAAGCGUUUGAGGGGUUAAGGCUCAACAACCGAAAGGUACGUCGUCCUGAUCUGGCGUUCGCCACGAUGGACCACAACGUACCCACAACGGAUAGGUCACUGCCCAUCACCGACCUGAUUGCCGCGAAACAGAUGGAAACGCUCGCGCAAAACUGCACCGAGUUUGACAUCCGGCUCUACGACAUCGACAGUCCUGAACAAGGCAUCGUGCAUGUCAUCGGACCCGAACUCGGCAUCACGCAGCCCGGCAAGACUAUCGUCUGCGGUGACAGCCAUACCUCAACGCACGGUGCACUCGGUGCACUCGCUUUCGGGAUCGGUACCAGCGAGAUUGAGCAUGUACUCGCCACGCAAUGUCUCCUGCAACAGAAAUCGGAAACUUUCGAGAUCCGAAUUGACGGCACACUGCCUUACGGUGUUACUGCAAAGGACAUCAUCCUCUCGAUUAUCGGACAUAUCGGUAUCGACGGCGGCAAUGGUACGGUCGUUGAGUUUACAGGCUCAGCGAUCCGCGCGCUCAGCAUCGAGGAACGGAUGACCGUUUGCAAUAUGUCCAUUGAGGCAGGGGCACGUGCCGGUAUGAUCGCACCUGACGACACCACCUAUGAAUACAUCGCUGGCAAACGUUUUGCGCCGAAAGGUGAAGCAUUUGAUGCAGCAGUCGAACGCUGGAGGCAACUUCCCACUGAUGAAGGCGCAACCUAUGAUCGGAUCUUAAAACUUGAUGCCGCAGACAUUGCACCGCAGGUGACGUGGGGCACAAACCCCGGUAUGGUGACCGAUGUAACAGGGCGCGUGCCAGACCCAGCAGGCAUGGCGACAGCCGACGAAAAGACUGCCACCGAACACGCUUUAGCAUAUAUGGACCUCAAACCCGGCACGCCACUCACAGAUAUUGCCGUAGAUAGAGUUUUCAUCGGCAGCUGCACCAACUCCCGUAUCAGCGAUCUACGAGCCGCUGCGGAAAUCGCCAAAGGUAGGAAAGUCGCAGAAACCGUCAGCGCAAUGGUCGUCCCCGGUUCACAGGCGGUCAAACGUCAAGCGGAAGCGGAAGGACUUGAUGAGAUUUUCCGUGCCGCUGGUUUUGAGUGGCGUGAAGCCGGUUGUAGUAUGUGCCUCGGUAUGAAUCCCGAUACCUUAAUGCCGGGACAACGCUGUGCGCCAGCACAUCAAACCGGAAUUUUGAAGGCAGACAGGGCAAAGGCGGACGCACGCACCUUGUCAGUCCACAGAUGGCAGCGGCAACCGCGGUCACAGGCCGUUUUGUGGAUAUCCGGACGUUUGGAUAGGUCAAAUACGGACUUGCCCGAGAUCGCAAAGUGCAUACGAACAGGGUAUCCCUACCAAAAAAAAUACAGAGGUAACAAUGGAAUCUACCAUUAUUGA